CCAACUUGCUCUUCCCUCUUACCCCUUCACCCCACCCACCCACGUCUCUCUCUAUUAAGUUCUCAACCUCCAAAUCUUAACAAUCCAAUUCAAAACAAUUCUCAAAUGUAUCCAUCAUCAACAUCUUCUUCAUCACAAGGUUCAAUGAGCCACACCAGCACCACCGCUGGCGGCGGCGGUGGUCUCACUCGCUACGGUUCAGCUCCGGGAUCAUUUUUAACUACAGCAGUUGAAUCCGUCGUUAACGGUAAUCACGAGUUCGCUUCUCAUGGAUCUCAUCACUCAAACCUUGGUCCUUCACGGUUUUUCCCGUCCAAUUUAGCAUCUAAUUCGUUAAAUUCUGAAUCUACAAGCAAAGCGAAGGAACAAUCGAAUUUACAGAGGUCAAUUGGUUUCAACGACUUAACAAUCGGCGGCGGCGGCGGAGGUUUACCGACUACUUCAACCACGCCGUUGGUUCGACAUAGUAGCUCACCGGCGAGGUUUCUUAAUCAACUUGCUACUGCUGCAGGUGAUACUGGAUUUUCAGUUUCAAUGGGGAGAGGAAGCUAUAACUCAAAAGGCGGUGGAGAUAGUGGCCGGGGAAUAACAAGGCUGAACUCUCAGCUCAGCUUCACUAGGCAAGAAGCUCUCUCUCAAAUAGCAGAGGAAAAUGAGGAUAUUGAAGGGACCAGUAUAGCCAAUGGCCACAGAAAGUCAACACAUUCUUAUGCCAGUGCAAGUAGUUUCGCAAUGGGUUCUUGGGAAGAUAACAACUCUAUAAUGUUCUCUGUCACACCUAGCAAACGAGCCAAGCAGAUUAGCAAUGACAUGGUCAAUGGGCUUGAUGAUGGGGAAACUCAGUUUCAGUUUGGCUUGUCUCAGACAGCACUAGAAAUGGCAUCUAUGGAUAGAUUGCUCCACAUCCCCGAGGAUUCUGUUCCUUGCAAAAUUCGUGCCAAGCGUGGUUGUGCUACUCAUCCUCGCAGCAUUGCAGAAAGGGAAAGAAGAACCAGAAUUAGUGGGAAACUAAAGAAGUUACAAGAUCUUGUUCCAAACAUGGACAAGCAAACGAGCUACACUCCAAUAUUAACAAUAUUUCCUUGUUUGUUUUUGCAGCAAACGAGCUAUGCUGACAUGCUGGAUCUAGCAGUGCAGCACAUUCGAACCCUUCAAGAUCAGGUUCAGAAUCUGAAUACAGAACUUGAAAACUGCAAAUGUGGAUGUAAGAAAUCAAGUCAAUAACAAAAUGGAAGGAAGCACUUUAGCUGAAGAUUGACUUAAAAGGAUUUUUGUCACCAUUAUUUUGCCUCUUAGAAACUCAAAUUUGUACAUAAGGAAGUAAAUUUCAUACUAGUUUUUUAAAGCUAAAAAGUAAACUCUCUUUUGUUUUUUUUUUCCUUUUCCAGUUAGAAGACUACGUAUAUGAUUGUUUUGGAUUAUUUCUAGUUUUUUUUUCCAUCUAACAUUUACAUUUUUAAUUUAGUUUUGAGUUUAUUUUGGUUGAAGAUCAUAAAGCUAAUUGAUGAUGUUGUACAA